AGCUUUUUCCAGCUCGUUAAUUCAUUGGAUUUGAUUUCCCGGUGAAAUCAAAUCGUCGACCCGCUGACCAUAGCGGAUGGAGGCUGCAUUGGCUGUGCUUUGGAACCCGUCCCGGGACCGCACUGUGGACGAGAGCAGCUUUCCCCCCGCAAGAGAGCGGUUCGCACCCUCCCUCCGACAGGCAUCGCGAUGACUGAUCUCGCUAACACGGGCUUCUGUGUAAAUUGAGGCUAAACAAACACAGAUGGAUCGCCGAAUGCGUUCACAAAAAAAAUGUUGGCAAUGCGAAGAAGGGACUUCAGUUGACAUUCUAACAUCAGUAGAGGCAUAGCUUCAGAAUUGUUGCUAUAGCCGCCGAGGAGGAGCGUUCUCUCUCUUUCUCACACACACACAGACACACACACACACACACACACACACACACACACACACACACACACACACACACACAGUACUGAGGUUGAUACGGAAGAUUUAAAUAAAUACAAACUUGGCUUCUUCCAUCAGAAUGAGAACUUCGGAAAACCUAGAUGUGACUGAGUGGAAUAAAUUGUGUGUCAAGCGGAUCGGUACAAUAAAGAGGUUGAAACGGAAAAACCGCGAUGUCCUGAAGCACGUCGAAAUGGAGAAAGUUCACCGGGCUCGGCUGGAUCCUUUGAUCGCCCGGUUGGCGGAGGGCACCGGCUGCUACAACGGGACGGCCCGGGACAACGGCUCCACGGUCACUUGCAAAGACCCGCGGGCUGAUGUGGUGGAUUUGCGCAGGAUUGCGGCCGUGCCGAGCGUGCCGGCUGGAGGAGUGGGGAGGGGAAGAGAGGAUGAAUGUCCCGCUCCAGGUAGGGGCAAGCUGACUCGAGCACCUCAGUCCCAAACGUGCGCCUUUGAACCGCCGGCGCUGACGGAGCCGCCGAGCCUCCAGCCCCGGAUCGUGCUCUGCCAGCACACCCCGGGAGGUUCCUACACAUCGGUUCCGCACGCGAACUACAGCCCAUCGCCCAGGAAACGGCCGGGGGAGACUUCCAACACCUCUACCGAGAUCAAAGCCAUUCAGCAGACCAGGAGGCUACUGGCGAACGCGAGGGAGAGAACCAGGGUCCACACCAUCAGCGCGGCUUUCGAAGCCCUUAGAAAACAGGUUCCUUGCUAUUCCUAUGGACAGAAGCUGUCCAAGUUGGCGAUCCUAAGGAUAGCGUGUAAUUACAUCCUGUCCCUGGCCAGGCUGGCUGACCUCGACUACAGCUCGGAUCACAGCAACAUGAGCUUCUCCGAGUGCGUGGAGCAAUGCACCAAGACAUUGCAGGCAGAGGGAAGAUCAAAAAAGAGGAAGGAAUGACCUGCAGAAGGAGCGACAUUUCACAGGAACAUCACACAGCGCGCUGGUGACUAGCCAACACUGGCAGGAAGGCAGAAAGUGAAGAGAGGAUAUAGAAUUACAGGAGACAUCAUGUAGAAGAGAUAUUAACCCAAAAUGAAAUGAUGCUGCCUGUUUAAGAUAAUAAGUCCUUUAUCUUGGUGACACAAUAUCAGCGUACACGAACAGUAAAUUUUUGGACAAAUGUU